CCUGUCGACCCUCGUGAAGGCCCUGGAAGGCCUCCGUUAGAUGGUAGGGACCACUUUGGAAGACCUCCUGUAGAUAUAAGGGAGAACCUCGUGAGGCCAGGUGUAGAUCAUAUUGGUCGAAGAGACCAUUUUGGCUUUAAUCCUGAGAAGCCCUGGGGCCAUAGAGGAGAUUUUGAUGAGAGAGAGCAUCGUGGUCUCCAUGUCUUUGGUGGUCCCAAAGGUUUACAUGAAGAGAGAGGCCGAUUUCGGCCUGGAAACUAUAGAUUUGAUCCUAGAGGUGGUCCUUGGAACAGAGGAUUUGGACAAGAAGUUCACAGAGAUUUUGAUGACCGCAGAAGACCCUGGGAGAGGCAGAGGGAUAGGGAUGACAGAGAUUUUGAUUUCUGCAGAGAAAUUAAUGGAAAUCGACUUGGAAGAGACAGAAUUCCCAACACCUGGGUCCCACCUCCCCAUGCUCGAGUUUUUGAUUACUUUGAAGGGGCCGCUUCUCAACGAAAAGGGGAUAAUGUGCCUCAGGUUAAUGGUGAAAAUACAGAGAGACACGCUCAGCCACCACCUUUACCUGCACAGAAUGAUCCUGAACUUUACGAUAAACUGGCAUCUUCAAGUGAGAUAAACAAGGAGAAGAGUGACACAGUUGCUGAUAUAGAAAGUGAACCAGUGGUAGAAAGCACAGAAACUGAGGGGACAUAAUCAUCACUCAGUAGCCUCACUUCCCUUCCUCGGAGAAAGGUUCAGAUGGGGAACUCCGAGAGUCAGUACACCGUCCAGGGGCCCAGGAGCCUCGGCAGCCCCGGGGCGGGGCCCAAGCCCUGCUCGCUCAAGAUUCGUAGCAUUCACGCCAAGGACGACAAGUCACCGCACUGCUGGGCCCAUGGGGGCGCAGGGACGAGCUACAAGUCCCGGUCCCUGGCCCGCAGCUGCCUCUCCCACUUCAAGAGCAACCCCCCUUACGCCUCCAGACUUGGGGGCCCCACCAGCAAGACAGUCAAAGGUGGGAGCCACGCCAAGAACCGGGCUGGUGUCUCCGGGGUGGAGCCCCAGGGGGGUAGUGUCACUGUCACCGUCCCCCCAGAGAAUGGCUUCCACUGUGGCGGCCCCCAGCCCACAGAGAAGGCCCUGACCCCUGCAGGCUGCAAUGGUCAUCUGUUAAACUGCAAUGGGAAGGCCACCAUGUGUCCCCCAGCCACCGAGGGCCAACGGAGCCCCAAGGUGCUCAUCCGGACGCUGGGGAAGCUGGACGGACGUCUGCGGGUGGAGUUCCACAAUGGAGCCCACCGUGCCAAGGUGCCCCCCGAGGACUGCAGGGCCCCCGUGCAGCUGCUCAGGUACUCGCCCACCCUGGACACGGAUGCCUGUCCCGGGCCCGACGGUGACAGUGGGGACAGUGCCCAGUGCUCGGCUGGCCACUGCGUGUCCCCUGCCCCGUCCUGCCCACGCUCCAGUAAAGGCAGCUCCCUGAGCUCCGAGUCCUCCUGGUACGAUGCCCCGUGGGGCAUCACCGGUGACACCAGCGAGCUGGAGGGCUCCCUCCUGGGCCUCGUCACCCCUGAGCCUGGCCUGCACCCUGGCUUCCCACCCAGCGACGCCAAGAAGCCCUUCACCCAGAGCGCAUCCCUGUCCUCUCUGCGGGAGCUGGACCGGGGAGCCCCUCGCAUGGGUCUGACCCCAUCGGGGGUCCAGUGCUCCAGUGAGUCCCUCGGGGCCCACGCCGGCCUGAGCACCCGGGUGUCCUUCUCCUCUGACAUGGACGUGCCCUCCCGGGUGGAGCACAGGGACCCCAGGCAGUACGGCUCCUUCACCCUCCCCUGUCGCAAGCCCAGGCCCUUCCCCGAGGACACAGCCAAGAAGGACACCCUGAAAUCCCGCAUGCGGCGUAUCAGCGACUGGACGGGGAGCCUCUCUCGCAAGAAGAGGAAACUGCAGGAACCUCGAUCCAAGGAGGGCAGCGACUACUUUGACAGCCACGCCGAGGGCCUGAACGCCCAGACGCCCUCCCAGCUGCCCUCCAUGGCAUUGCUGUGGUCAGCGGGCUCUGUGCAGGCCCUGCCCCAGAGGAGCGAGUCCACCGGCGCCAUCGGCAGUGACCCCCUGCGGCAGAACAUUUACGAGAAUUUCAUGCGGGAGCUGGAAAUGAGCAGGCCGGCCACGGAGACCCUGGAGACGUCCACCGAGACGGCCGAGUCCAGCAGCGAGUCCCUCAGCUCCCUGGAGCAGCUGGACCUCCUGUUCGAGAAGGAGCAGGGCGUGGUCCGCAAAGCUGGCUGGCUCUUCUUCAAGCCGCUCGUCACUUUGCAGAAGGAAAGGAGGCUGGAGCUGGUGGCCCGGAAGAAGUGGAGGCAGUACUGGGUGACGCUCAAAGGAUGCACCCUGCUGUUCUAUGAGACCUACGGGAAGAAUUCUUCAGACCAGAGUGCCCCCCGGUGUGCGCUGUUGGCCGAGGACAGCAUUGUGCAGUCUGUCCCGGAGCACCCCAAGAAGGAGAACGUCUUCUGCCUCAGCAAUGCCUUUGGAGACGUCUACCUUUUCCAGGCCACGAGCCAGACGGAUCUGGAGAACUGGGUCACUGCCAUCCAUUCUGCGUGCGCGUCCCUUUUUGCCAAGAAGCAUGGCAAAGAGGACACUGUCCGGCUCCUGAAGAGCCAGACCAAGAGCCUGCUCCAGAAGAUCGACAUGGACAGCAAGAUGAAGAAGAUGGCCGAGCUGCAGCUGUCGGUGGUCAGCGACCCGAAGAACAGGAAGGCCAUCGAGAACCAGAUCCAGCAGUGGGAGCAGAACCUGGAGAAGUUCCACAUGGACCUGUUCCGCAUGCGCUGCUACCUCGCCAGCCUCCAGGGUGGGGAGCUGCCCAACCCCAAGAGUCUGCUGGCCGCCACCAGUCGCCCCUCCAAGCUGGCCCUGGGCAGGCUAGGCGUCUUGUCUGUGUCUUCCUUCCACGCGCUGAUAUGUUCUAGAGAUGACUCCGCUCUCCGGAAGAGGACCCUCUCUCUGACCCAGCAAGGGAGAAACAAGAGGGGCAUCUUCUCUUCACUGAAGGGGCUGGACACGCUGGCGAGGAAGGGAAAGGACAAGAGGCCUUCUGUAACACAGGUGGAUGAAUUUCUCAACGGAUACGGCUCCCCCAACGACACUCGCCGGGACAGCACGUGGGAGAUUCAGACUUACGUUCACUUUCCCGACAGCCACGGAGUCACCGUCACCAUCAGGCCGGAGCACAGAGUGGAGGAUGUUGUGUCUCUGGCAUGUAAGAUGAGGCAGUUGGAGCCCAGGCACUAUGGCCUUCGGAUUCGGAGGUUUGUGGACGAGAGCGUUGAGUGCUUUGUGCCCGCGGCGUACGAGUCCAUGCAAGAUCAGGCUUACGAUGAAAUAGAACUCUUCCCACUUCAUGUUUACGAGGUGCAGCUUACGAAGACUGAGAGUGUCUCCGACUUCGGCUUUGCAGUGACAGCCCAGGUGGACGACCAUCAGCAUCUCAGCCGCAUAUUUAUAAGCGAUGUUUUGCCGGACAGCUUGGCUUAUGGGGAAGGACUGAGAAAGGGCAAUGAGAUCGUCGCCUUAAAUGGAGAAGCCGUGGCUGACCUUGACCUGAAGCAGAUGGAGGCCCUAUUUUCUGAGAAGAGCGUGGAGCUCAAGCUGGUGGCUCAGCCCGUGACCAUGAAGGGAAGCCUGGGCACUUCCUGGUCAGACAGUGACCUGCUUGCCACCGACCAGAGGAGCCUGCUGCCCCCUGCUAACCAGUCCCAGCUCCUGGAGGAAUUCCUGGAUAACUUUAAAAAGGACACGGCAAACGAUUUCAGCAAUGUGCCUGACAUCACCACUGGUCUGAAGAGGAGUCAGACGGAUGGCACCCUGGACCGGGCCCCGCACAGGGAGAAGGUGGAGCAGACGUUCCAGAGCGCUGAGCAGAUCGCCACACUGUGCAGGAGCUUCGCGGACCCCCCGACGGACGACAUGGAGACGCCGCGUGAGAGCAGGGACCCCCCGCCCCGGCCACUGGCCCGCCACCUCUCAGACGCUGACCGGCUCCGCAAGGUCAUCCAGGAGCUCGUGGACACGGAGAAGUCCUACGUGAAGGACUUGAGCUGCCUCUUUGAAUUAUACUUGGAGCCACUUCAGAACGAGACGUUUCUCACACAGGAUGAGAUGGAGUCCCUCUUUGGGAGUUUGCCGGAGAUGCUGGAGUUCCAGAAGGUUUUUCUAGAGACGCUGGAGGAUGGGAUUUCAGCGUCAUCCGACUUCAACACGCUGGAAACCCCCUCGCAGUUUCGAAAGCUACUGUUCUCCCUGGGAGGCUCCUUCCUUUAUUACGCGGACCACUUCAAACUGUACAGUGGGUUCUGUGCCAACCAUAUUAAAGUACAGAAGGUUCUCGAACGAGCAAAAACUGAUGAAGCCUUCAAGGCCUUCCUGGAUGCCCGGAACCCCACCAAGCAGCACUCGUCCACGCUGGAGUCGUACCUCAUCAAGCCCGUGCAGAGGGUACUCAAGUACCCGCUGUUGCUCAGGGAGCUGGUGUCGCUGACGGACCACGAGAGUGAGGAACACUACCACCUGACAGAAGCACUAAAGGCAAUGGAAAAAGUCGCCAGCCACAUCAAUGAGAUGCAGAAGAUAUACGAGGAUUACGGGACCGUGUUUGACCAGCUGGUCGCAGAGCAGAGUGGAACAGAGAAGGAGGUAACGGAGCUUUCCAUGGGAGAACUUCUGAUGCACUCGACAGUCUCCUGGUUGAAUCCACUUCUGUCUCUAGGAAAAACCAGGAAAGACCUUGAACUCACAGUGUUUGUUUUCAAGAGAGCUGUCAUACUGGUUUACAAAGAGAACUGCAAACUGAAAAAGAAAUUGCCCUCCAAUGCCCGGCCUGCGCACGGCUCUGCUGAUCUGGACCCGUUUAAGUUUCGCUGGCUCAUCCCUAUAUCGGCGCUUCAAGUCAGGAUGGCCAACACGGCAGGGACUGAAAACAAUUCCUUCUGGGAGCUAAUCCACACCAAGUCAGAAACAGAAGGCCGGCCGGAAACCACCUUCCAGCUGUGCUGCAGUGACUCUGAAAGCAAGACCAACAUCGUGAAGGUGAUUCGUUCCAUCCUGCGGGAGAACUUCCGGCGCCACAUCAAGUGCGACUUAGCCCUGGAGAAAGGGUGCAAGGACCGCCUGGUGCCGCUGAAGAACCGGGUUCCUGUUUCAGCCAAACUAGCGUCAUCCAGAUCCCUCAAAAUGCUGAAGAAGUCGUCCAGCAGCGAGUGGACGGGCGAGACGGGCAAGGGCACCUCGCUGGACUCGGACGAGGGCAGCCUGGGCAGCAGCGGCUGCCACACGGCCGAGAGCCGCCAGGACUCCAAGGGCGAGUCGCCGGUCAAGGGCCUGCCCGAGUUUGCGGACAGUCUCGUCAAGGAGAGCGACAUUCUCAGUGACGAAGACGAUGACUACCAGCCGGUGCUGAAGAGCGGCAGCCCCACCAAGGACAUCGAGAUCCAGUUCGAGAGACUGAAAAUCUCCGAGGAGCCCGACGCUGGCCUGGGGGUGCAGGAGGGCCAGCCGGGAGGGGAGCACCCCAAGCUGGUCCGUGCCCAUUUCUGCCCCAUUAAGCGGAAAGCAAACAGUACCAAGAGGGCCAGGGGCACCCUGCUGAAAUCCCAGGUCCAUCACCAGUCCCUGGACAGCCAGUCUUUGGAAAGCGCAAACAACACGGAUUUAAAUUCUGUCCUGGAGCGGGAGUUCAGUGUCCAGAGCCUGACGUCGGUGGACAACGAGGAGUGCUUUUAUGAAGCAGACAACUACGGGAAGUCAUAG